AUGUUGACACUGCUUUUCCGUUCCUCUGUGACAACGGGCGUUAACGGCGGUGCUAAAACGAAGUGUGGGCUUCUCUUUUUCAUGACCAGAAAUGUAGCCCUCAUAUUCCUCUUAAGGACCUGCACCAGCGUCCUUCCCGCCGUCUCAGAAGAUCCUGGACUUCACUCGACCUCCAACAUGAUGAAGCUUGUCGUCCUCGCCCUGGCACUGGCAGCAGCCUCUGCUGGCACUAUCUACACGGGCUCCUACCCAGGCCUCGGCCUUACCUAUGGUGCCACCCCUCUGGUGCACGCCGGCGUCCCCGUCGUCCAGCCCGCCCCUGUCACCUACACCGUUGGAGCCGCCCCCGCCCUCGUCCAGCCCGCGCCCUACCGCGUCCACACCGGCGUCAAGACCGUGGUCGCCGCCGAGCCCGUGGAGCAGCACGGCUACGUCAUCAGGUACUAGAGCUGGGGACGCCGUUCGACGUCCCAAGCAGAAGGGGACGGGGCAGCGCCGUGCCUCCGACAGCUAUGCAAAGCAGCGCCCUCGACUAGUGCCCUCCCGCGCGUGUGGCGAGGGAGGGCAGAGUCCUGGGUCGGGCGACGGACGUCGCUCUCAUGCCAGGAUCUUCACUCUCUGUUCAAUCUCUUCUCUGUCAUUAAACAAACGAUGGUAAUAUGCUGUUUUCUUAAUACAGUUAACUUCUACAA